CUCUGCCCUGCAGCCCCACAGGUGGUAUCGACUAGGGGAGACUGUUCCCGCCAGGCUAGGCAGUGGAGCGCCGCACAGCGCACCUUCCCGCCUCUCAGCUGCUGCCCCAGCAGUUCCGACCCAGCGCCAGCAGGCCUGCUCGGUCGAUCUUCGAGCCGAAGAUGCGGCGGGGCUGGAAGAUGGCUCUGUCCGGGGGGCUACGGUGCUGCCGCCGUGUACUUUCCUGGGUUCCUGUGCUUGUUAUCGUCCUCGUCGUGCUCUGGUCCUACUAUGCCUACGUCUUUGAACUCUGCUUGGUGACUGUUUUGAGCCCAGCAGAAAAAGUUAUCUACCUCAUAUUCUACCAUGCCAUCUUUGUGUUCUUUACCUGGACCUACUGGAAGUCUAUUUUUACACUCCCACAACAGCCAAACCAGAAGUUCCACCUGUCGUAUACCGACAAGGAGCGCUAUGAAAAUGAAGAGAGACCUGAGGUCCAGAAGCAGAUGCUUUUUGAUAUGGCCAAGAAGCUACCAGUUUACACAAGAACCGGGAGUGGAGCUGUAAGGUUCUGUGACCGGUGCCAUUUGAUCAAGCCAGAUCGCUGCCACCACUGCUCUGUCUGUGCCAUGUGUGUAUUAAAAAUGGAUCAUCAUUGCCCUUGGGUUAAUAACUGCAUUGGAUUUUCCAACUAUAAAUUCUUCCUUCAGUUCUUAGCUUAUUCUGUUCUCUAUUGCCUGUAUAUUGCUACAACGGUCUUCAGCUAUUUCAUCAAAUACUGGAGAGGGGAAUUGCCCAGUGUUCGCUCUAAGUUCCAUGUCCUUUUUCUCCUCUUUGUGGCCUGCAUGUUUUUUGUCAGCCUUGUGAUUCUCUUUGGUUACCAUUGUUGGCUUGUCAGCAGAAACAAAACCACCUUAGAGGCCUUCUGUACUCCAGUGUUUACAAGUGGCCCAGAGAAAAAUGGGUUCAACCUUGGCUUCAUCAAAAAUAUCCAGCAGGUGUUUGGAGAUAACAAGAAGUUCUGGUUAAUACCUAUUGGGUCCAGCCCUGGUGAUGGACACUCUUUCCCUAUGAGGUGUAUGAAUGAGUUGCAGAACCCAUUGCUAGCAAAUGAAGAGCCCUGGGAAGAAAAUGAGGAUGACAACCAAGAUUAUCCAGAAGGAUCAUCAUCUCUUGCUGUGGAAACGGAAACGUAGCAGUUUUCACAUUUCCUGCAUCUCUCAAACAGGACCCUCUAUCUCCAAUGAAGCUUACAGAGUUCAGUGUUGGGAACCAUUCUAAUCUUCAAAAUAAGUCACCAUGGCA